AUGGUCAAAUGCCUGUCAAUCGAACUCCGAUCCGACAAUGCCAACCUCGAGGAUAUUGAGAUUGUGGCGAAGAAAGCACUGAAGAAGGCUGUCCAGCUCGCAGAGAAACUUGCCGCUGCCGCCGACGAAGAUACCUCCCCGAUUAUCGAGGAGUGCCAGGAGGAAACAGAGGAAUCGAUCAAUGCCUUGAAGACCAUCAUGAAAUCGUGUCAGGAUCGAAAAUAA